GAAGGCCUUCCGACUCUUCCGUGAAUUGGUCCGUGAAAGCGCGGCGUUAAAAGUUAUUUAAACAACUGCAAUUUGUCCUCCAUCCUUAAUCUCCGAUAUGCUUUCGUCUCUCAGGAAAGUGGGCUCGUUAGCUCGUGCUGCAUCUGCUGGUCAGAAGCGUUCUCUGUCCAUUCACGAAUAUCAAUCCGUCAAGCUUCUCAAUUCGUAUGGCAUUCCAACGCCCAAAAGCAUAGCUGCCAGCUCUCCUCAGGAAGCAUUCGAUGUAGCAAAGAGUUUCGGUCAUAACCGACUUGUCAUCAAAGCUCAAGUUCUCGCAGGUGGACGCGGAAAGGGCAAAUUCGACACUGGGUUGCAAGGCGGUGUCCACAUGGUUGAUAGUCCUGAACAAGCAAAAGAAUACGCGGAGAAGAUGCUCGGGUCGAAACUUAUCACGAAACAGACCGGCGCUGGUGGUCGUAUUUGCAAUGCUGUUAUGCUAGCCGAGCGUCGCGAUCCUAGUCAUGAAUACUACGUCGCUGUUCUAAACGACCGUGUCACUCAGGGUGUUGUCCUCGUCGCAUCAGCUCAAGGUGGUAUGAACAUUGAGGAAGUCGCCGCAAAGGACCCAUCUGCUAUCAUCACGACACCAAUCAACUUCAAUACCGGACUCACCAAACCAGAGGCCCUUGCUGUCGCAGGCAAGCUUGGCUUCAAGGACAGCGCUGCCGACGAGGCAGCAGACAUCUUCAUCAACCUUUACCGCAUCUUCAAAGAAAAGGACGCCACCCAAAUUGAAAUCAACCCAAUGGCCGAGACGACUGAUGGAAAAGUGCUCUGUAUGGAUGCCAAGUUUGGCUUUGAUGACAACGCCGAAUUCCGUCAACAGGAUGUCUUUUCUCUCCGUGAUGUCUCACAAGAGGAGGCUUCCGAGGUUGAGGCACAGAAAGCCAACCUUAAUUUCAUCAAGCUCGAUGGAAGCAUUGGCUGCUUGGUUAACGGUGCUGGACUUGCAAUGGCUACCAUGGAUGUCUUGUCACUUCAUGGUGGUAACCCCGCCAAUUUCCUUGAUGUCGGAGGAGGCGCCACUCCUGAAACUGUGAAGAAGGCAUUCGAAAUUCUGCUGGCUGACCCUAAAGUUAAGAGCAUUUUCAUCAAUAUCUUCGGAGGUAUCAUGCGCUGCGACUACAUUGCAGAGGGUGUCAUCAAAGCCACUAAGGAACUUGAGCUCAAAAUUCCUUUGGUCGUCAGAUUGAAGGGUACAAAGGAGAACGAAGCAAAACAAAUGAUCAAAGACUCAGGAUUGAAGAUAACAGCCUUUGACAGCUUAGACGAGGCUGCAGAGACAGCUGUUCAGUUUGCCUCUUGAAUAUCUUAUCAUGCUAGUUCAUAGAUGUUACUUAUUGUCUUACUGUUUGCAAGAAUCAAACAACAAUAUUGUGUUCGAUUGCAUAGGACAACAAUUGU